AUGCAGAGUCGCUCAGCCAGUCACUUCUCAUCCUGUCUGUCGCAAUUGGACCCUAUAACGGAAUCGGUGUCACUUGGAAGACCAGUACCUGAAGCGUUCAGUUGGAAGAUCCAACGAAAACUGGCAAGCACAGUCCCCCCUCGGCCAAUGGUAAAAAUAAGCUUUGAGGAUGCGCUGGCGCAUUUGAAACGGUUGUGUCAGGAUGCCAUUGAUCUUCUGGAGGUCCUGGAUUACUCUGGACCCCAUAACCUCAAGGUGGCCGUUUGGACUCUGCUGUCUCGGAAGCCCCAGCCGUCAGUUUAUAUUCGAUCACUCGUUCAAUCUAUGAUUAUGAGUAACACGAUGGUUCUGGGAGCUGUACCAGUGAAGAAAUUCUUAUAUGAUGAGCUUGCGGAAAUCGUCCUCCCUUCAAGCACGCUUCUGCAAGCCAACACAGACGAGACGGAAAUGCCGACCGACCCUCGCUUUCAGAUAGCCAGCCACAUGGAUGCUUUUGUUAAGCGCUUUGCUCAGUGCGUGCCUCAACCGUUGUCGUAUCCGUCGGACAGUAUGCCAUACAAUUGUUGA